AUGGAGCGAGGCAGUCAGACGCUGCUAACUUCAAGGAGCGAGCCCGCACUUCAGCAUCUUCGACGCUCGAAGCUGCCGCCCAUCGACCGGGCGCGGCAUAGCGCCUCCCGGCUCCCGCCCCUGUAUGCGCGAGAUGCAAGGACCAAGGAUAAGGUCCUCCCGAAGCUCCUGGCCAAGCUCGUGGGAAGUCUCCAGGACGCUCCCGGAAAACGGCCCGGAGCUUCCGAACGGCCCGAGCACCAGAACCCACCGAAGUGGCACAGAAGCCUCGACAGAAGGGCAACAACCACCCAGAUCCUAUCCGGAGAGCUUUCGGGGGCGAAGGCGCUGGUGGCUCUGUCGACUGUGACCCUGCAGAAGCCAACAUCACAGCCGAGCCAGGAGAAGCCUCCGAGCUCCGCGCCGGCGCGCGUCGUUUCCAUGGAGCGCUUGGCGGCCCUGGCAGUUCCAAAGCGACGGAAAAGCAAAAGUGACGAGGAAGCAGCUCAGUCCUCGCCAGAAGGGGCCGUGAGGAAGCCCGUUGACCGACCGGUGCGCAAGGCGAAGGAUCCUGCGGGCAAGGAAGUGCUUUCGCCGCCUUCUGCGAAGCCGACGCCCACACCUGCGAGGAGUCGGGCGCCAGCCAGACACAGCGAUGGCGCUAACAUCGAGCAUGCUACGGACAACAGCAAGGGCCACAGCCCAUACCCCAGCCAGCGCGUUGGGAGCGAGCGCAGCCAGAAAUCCCCGACCCCCAAACCCGCACCCAAGCCGCAAGCCGCCCAGCCCAAGAAGCAGAAGGAGGCAACCUCCUUGACUUCGGCUCCCUCUCCUCCGCAGCCCCCUUCUUCCAUCCCCGAAAAUGGCCCACAGAGCCAUGCUCCCUUGCAGCCACUUGGUCUGGGAGGGGCCGAAGCCUCGACUCCAAACGCGAGCUUGGUGGACGCUAACCAGCCUUUGGCGACUGAGACGCCUUCACCGGGGCCCAACUUGGAAGAGACUGGGCCAGAAGUCUCCGAUGAGGUCAAGGAUGAACUGGAGCUCUCCUACACGAAUGAGUUCGAUGCGGAGGAGGAGGUCGGCUCUUUUACGCCGGAGAUGGAGGCGAACGAGGCCAGCGAUGCGAUGUCUACGGGCACGCAGGAGCAAGGAAAUGGCUUGCACAAGCCUGGCACGCCCGAGGACGACAAUUACUCCCAGGCAGCCAACAGCAAUGUGAGCCUUUCUCCGGACGCCAUUGGCACCGCGGAUGAGCUUUCGGUAGGGCCUCGGGAAGAAGGCACAGAUGGUGAGAGGCCCUCAGAGCCUUCUUCGGAUGAAGCUCCCAAGCCCGAGGCCGCGGACGCACAGCCCGAUUCGGAACUGCUAGGAACCACUGGAACGGCAGCGUCGAACCUUCCAGAGGAAGCAGAAGAAGAGGCCUACAACUACGACUCGGACUUUGAGGAGUUCUUGUCAAAGCCGCAGCCCUCAGCGAUGGAGCCGAGCCAGCCGGGAGCCACCGAAUCAGAGGCAGAGCAGGUCGCAGGGGUGGACCCCGUCGUUGCCGACGACCUGUCAGAGCACGACGAUGAUGUCGAGGUUGAGUUCGAUGAAGACUUCGAAGAUGAGGCCGAGACCAGCGAGGAGGAAGAUCCGUCCUUCCCAGGCAUGACAAACCAGCAGCAGACGACCCAGGGCGGCUCUUGA